AUGCCUUUUAUGGUCACCCCUGCCCCACCCAGCAUGUGGGACAGCGCCCAGAGCAGUGUCUCCACCCUGGGCCAGCCUUCCACCUGCCAGCCCUAACGGCAACCGGGGCUCAGGCUGCAGCACGGAUCCCCCUUCCCCACGGUUGAUGUUCCGGACCAUGCUCAUACCCUGGGCACGGUGAUCUUGCUGGUGGGGCUCACAGGGAUGAUGGGAAAUCUGACAGUCAUCUAUACGUUCUGCAGGAGCAGAAGUCUCCGGACACCUGCCAACAUGUUUAUUAUCAACCUCGCGGUCAGUGACUUCCUCAUGUCCUUCACUCAGGCCCCUGUCUUCUUUGCCAGCAGCCUCUAUAAGCAGUGGCUCUUUGGGGAGGCAGGUUGUGAGUUCUAUGCCUUCUGUGGGGCUCUCUUUGGCAUCUCCUCUAUGAUAACCCUGACGGCCAUCGCCUUGGACCGCUACCUGGUGAUCACACGCCCACUGGCUACCAUUGGGGUGGCAUCCAAGAAGAGGGCAGCAUUUUUCCUGCUGGGUGUCUGGCUUUAUGCCCUCGCCUGGAGUCUGCCACCCUUCUUUGGCUGGAGCGCCUAUGUGCCUGAGGGGCUGCUGACAUCCUGCUCCUGGGACUACAUGACCUUCACGCCCUCUGUGCGUGCCUACACCAUGCUGCUCUUCUGCUUCGUGUUCUUCCUACCCCUGUUUGUCAUCAUCUACUGCUACAUCUUCAUCUUCAGAGCCAUCCGGGAGACAGGCCGUUCAAGAUUAUACACCUUUCCCAGGGCCUGUGAGGGCUGUGGCGAGUCCCCACGACGGCGGCGACAGUGGCAGAGGAUGCAGAGUGAGUGGAAGAUGGCCAAGAUCGCGUUGCUAGUCAUCCUUCUCUUCGUACUCUCCUGGGCCCCCUACUCCACUGUGGCCCUGGUGGCCUUUGCUGGGUACGCACACAUCCUGACUCCCUACAUGAGUUCAGUGCCGGCCGUCAUCGCCAAGGCCUCUGCCAUCCACAACCCCAUCAUUUAUGCCAUCAUCCACCCCAAGUACAGAGUGGCCAUCUCCCAGUACCUGCCCUGUCUGAAGAAGGUGCUAGGUGUGUCUAGUCAGCAUGGCCGCCCCUCCCUCAGCUACCGCUCUACUCACCGCUCCACAUUGAGCAGCCAUGCCUCUGAAGUCAGCUGGAUCUCUGGACGGAGACGCCAGGAGUCCCUGGGCUCUGAGAGUGAGGUGGGCUGGGCAGACACAGAGGCAGCAGCUGCAUGGGGGACUUCCCAGCAAAUGAAUGGAUGGUCUCUCUGUGAUCAGGGCCUGGAGGAUGAGGAAGCCAAGGCCCCUCCCAGUUUCCAGGGACAGGAAGCUGAGACUUCCAGGAAGACCAAGGGGCAGCUCCCCAGCCUGGACUCCAGGAUGUAG